AUGAAGUCUCUCUUGCUUGCCGUAUUACCUGUUGCCUCUGCAGCGGCCAUUGAGCCUCGCCAGGGCAACUACUUUAGCUUCGGCAACUUCUUCUCGACCGGCGGCGUCGCGGCCAACACGUUCAUCCGCCGGGCCACCACCACGCUCGUCCUGCCGGCUCUGAACAGCCCCCACGAUGGCAAUCUUGGCCUGUGGCCCGGUAUGGGCACCAAGUUCGACAGCGGAGCCGAUGGCCACCUCGUCCAGGGUCUAGCCAUCUCCACUGUGGGCUAUGGAUCCCCAUGCAACCUUGCUGCCAACGAGGUCAAGUGGUGCGUCGUUGCAAGCACAUAUGACGGAAACCAACAUGAUGGCACUCCCUACAAGGCCAACCCAGGCGAUCGCGUCACAUACGACUACUUGGUCAACGGAGCAAACAUUGACCAGACGGUCUCGGUCAAUGGACAGGUCGUUUCGACCCUGUCCUGGCCAAGCGGCAAGGGCGCAGGCUGGGGCACAGCAAUGGAGUGCCAGGCGGCCAAGUGUGGUACCGUCCCCGAGCACCACUACUACAACACAACAAUCCUCAUGGACGGCACCGACCCAAAUUACAAGAACACCGUCUCGACCAAUGGUGCUUCAGGAAGCCUGGUCACCAGUGACGGUGGCAAGACCUGGACCGCUGCUGACAUCAAGAUCAACCAGUACACUUGUAAGAUCACUUUUCACCUUUUACGGAUCCCCGUCUUUCAUGUUUUGGAAUGUUCUAGAACACAACACUUGAGGACCCGUAGCAGGACUAACUUCACCACUAGAUGUUUAAAAGGUCGCUGGAUGCCCGGGAUAUGUAGUGGUCAAGGGGUCUCUGUUUUUUUUGCUCCAAAUGCACUCCUGAAGUGGCUCUGUUUUGGCAGAGAAUUGUGUAUAAGGCACUUAUGGUAG